AAUAGUCAAAACAGAUUGGGUCAAUUUGACCCGGAAGGACGGCAGGAGGGUUAAGGCUAACUGGGUCUAGGUUCUUAUGGGUUAAUAAUCAUUUUAUGCCACUUGUCCUCCGGCCACCGGGGGCGCUGUAGACAGAGCCCCCCUCUCCCUACGGGGCCUCCUCCUGAAAACACCGGGCAGGAACUUUGACCGGUGCUCCAGCACUAGCGUUAGCAGCCCGCUAGCUGUUUUCUGUACUAUUUUCAUACUUUUGUGUGUGUUGUUUCAUAUGCAGAGAGAUGUGGUUUAUUUAUUUGCUCAGCUGGCUGUCGUUAGUCAUCCAGAUAUCCUUCGUCACUCUAGCAAUAGCUGCUGGCCUGUACUACUUGGCAGAACUAAUAGAAGAAUAUACAGUAGCCACCAGUCGAAUAAUAAAAUACAUGAUAAUGUUCUCGACAGGUGUGCUGGCAUGUCUCUAUCUUUUUGAAGGCUUCCCAGUGUUGAUGGUGGGAGUCGGCCUCUUCACCAACCUGGUGUACUUUGGCCUCCUGCAGACUUUCCCCUACAUACUGCUGAGCUCCCCAAACUUCAUCCUCUCCUGUGUGUUGGUGGUGGUGAACCAUUAUAUGGCCUUCCAAUACUUUGCACAAGAGUAUUAUCCAUUCUCAGAGGUGCUGGCAUACUUCACUAUCUGCCUGUGGGUGAUCCCCUUCGCCUUCUUCGUGUCACUCUCAGCGGGAGAAAAUGUGCUUCCGUCCACCAUGCAACAAGGAGAUGAUGUGGUGUCAAAUUACUUCACCAAGGGGAAGAGGGGGAAGAGGUCUGGGAUCCUCCUCGUGUUCUCGUUCCUGAAGGAGGCAGUGCUGCCCAGCCGGCAGAAAAUGUACUGAGGGGCUCGGACUCGGGGGGUCAGGGGGCGUGAGAGUGAGUGUAUGUGUCGGAGAGUAAAGGGGAAGCAGGAAGGACUUUGGAAUUUUGUUUCUGGAUGGGACUAAAAACGAAACAGAGGCCAAAGUGGAAGAAGAGCACACGAAGAGGAUGGACCAAUGAACAGAAUCGAGCUUCCUGCUGGACGAGCCCACGAGUUUACACAGGCCAUGUUCCUCUCUUUGUUUUCUGUCUGUCUGUACUGACUGCCAACAACACCUACUAGGAGCCUCUUUGUGGGGAUCUUUGUCCGUAGCGCAAUGCUUUCCUAUUGUCAUGUUGGACUCCUCCAUUUUUUAAGCUUUGGUAUUAAAAAUAUGUAUGUGCAGGGUCGGAGAUUAACAACCACCAAAUACCUGUAAGUUUUGACUUUGGCAGAUAAAUCAUCAGUUUUUUCUUCCUGAGAUGAGAUCUGCUGUCAUUUGUGCGUCGUAGAUCUCGCGUACUACACUAAGUAGCAUUGAAGACUGACAGGUUAGGAGACAAAACAACAAUGGAAACUUUGUGUUUUUGGGUUGGAGAUAAAAGGAAACGGCUUGAUGGGGUGGUUUAGAUUUAUUAAAGUGGAGUUGUAUGAGGUGCUUAUCGAUGGAGCCCGACCGAGAUUUUUGAGACUGAUGUCGAUACUGAUUUUAGAGGGAGAAAUUAAUCGAUAACUAAUGUCUGGUGGCUGAUAUUCAGUCAUGAAAAAAAAAUAUUAGACCAUUGUUUUCUUCAAUUUCUUGUUCAUUUUAAAGCCUGGUACAACUAAAGGUACAUUUGUUUGGACAAAUAUAAUGAUGAGGACAAAAAUAACUCAUAAGAGUUUAAUUUAAGAGCUGACAUGUAGCCAUUUUCCAUGGUUUUCUUGAUAAUAACCAAAAUCAUUAUCAAGAAAACCAUGGAAAAUAUUUUUGUUGUUAUUAUAUUUGUCCAAACAAAUGUACCUUACUUUGUACCAGGCAUUAAAAUGAAUAAGAAACUGAAGAAAACAAGGGUGGUCUAAUAAUUUUUUCCGCGACUGUAGUAAUUUUUUGUGAUCUGGAAUAAAAAUAGACCUUUUUUAUGUGGAUUUCGCUCUGAUUUUUCACCACUCAGCUACUUUCUCAAACAUAAAAUGAUAUAUCUAAUAUUUAACUAUAUAUAUGUAAUAAAGCUUUACAUUACACAAACCAUGAAUUACUUUGUCAGCCAAUUUCUAUAAAUGAUAACUGAUAAAAUAAAGAAAUAGGAAUAAAAUAAGUAGCUGAAUAAACAUCAUUGCUGUUCAGUUUCAGUCAAUUGCUUACUAUUAAAAAGAUAAAAGAAUGGAAAAAAUGAAGCUAACUCCAUUUCUAAAUCGCGCCAGGCAAUUUCUACUUCUGCAUUAUAUAUUGUGUAAAAAAACGUUUUCAUAGCGGCACGAUAGUAUCUGUCUGGCUCUACUUAUCAAUAGUCACAGUAGAUGGUGAUAACAGGAACUGGCUAACAGAUCGAGGCAGCGGUUGACGAGCAAAUUCUGUUUUCUGUGAGGUUAAAAUUGCGGUUUUGUUAAUGGAGUCUGGUAGAGUAGAUAACAGCAACAGGGCUGUCUGAAGGCAAAGUAAAACUCAAAAUAUUCUAAAUAUAGCAUACACUCCUAUAGGGAGCUGUCACACCUGAGCUGUUUGCUCCGCUUAAAACCAACUUGUGCGUUUUGUCAGAUAGUCUGCUUAGUUUUUGCUGGUGUGAACGCUCAAACUAACUCUGGUGCGGACCAAAGAGUUGAACUCAGGUCCGCCAAAAGACUCUGGGGGUCUCGGUUCGCUUCUGAGUGCACCAGAGUUCAGGGCAGAAUGCGGUCCGAACCGAAACUCAGAGCUGGGUCGAAUUUGGACGGAAUUUUGAGAAUCAACACGAGGAAAGGAAGUGGCAAGCUUUAAAAUAAUGUCUCGUGGACAGACGUGGUCCAAUGAUGAAGUCAAGGUCCUAGAAAUAUGGUCAGACGAUCAUACCACAGUUGGUUGUGGCUACACACAAACAACAGUCUUCAAAUUGUUUGGCCACAGAAUGGAGGCUAAUGGAUUCAAUUGCUCAUUAAAGUUCCCGACUUGCUUUGAAAAAGUUUCUCUCACAUAUUCCGUCCAACAGACGAAGGACAUUUGUUUACAAUGCUUAGUGCGUUUGAUAACACAGAGUGAAAGUUGCCUCAAACCGAUAUUGUUCAGGUUCACUUAGGGCUGGGCGAUAUGGACCAAAAGUCAUAUCCCGAUAUAUUUAGGCUGAAUAUACGAUAUAUAUCCCGACAUUUUAUCGCAAAGUGAGAGCAAAUGUUCAGUCAAAGCCAAAUUUGACAUGUCACAAGUAUUUUUAUUCAAAUCGUUUUUUUAACAUAAAUACUGUAUAACAACAGGAGUACCUUUUUUUAAAAAUGAAAGCUUCAUGAAGUGCACAUUUAAAUGAAAAAAAUAUCUUAAAUAUAAAUAGUCUAUGAAAUCAAAUAGGCCAAUCUUCUUCUGAAAUAAAUAUAUUCAUGUGAGAAAAGAAAAACGAACAUUACAAAAGAACUAAAUAUGACAAACCCAAGUAAGAGCAGCAUUUAUAUAUAUA